CGUGUAUAUGGUCUGUUUGUUUAUUGAUUGAAGAUAGUAGAAUGCAGAAAUUUGCAAAUCAAUACCGGUUGUUUUUGUAGAUAGUUUGGUAAUAAAUUGAAUUUUUUAUAACAGUGGCGUUGAACAGUAAUUUUGCAAAUCAUUUGUUUUUAUUUAAACCUCAAAAUAUAGAAUAACUCUGUUUGAUUUUGAAAUUUAUUAUGAACAUGAAGACAAGACAUGGUGUGUUUUUGGAGUAUGAUGGUUCAUCUGCAACUCCAAAUUUUGUAUUGUCUAAAGAGGAAAAUUUGCCAGAACUAGGAAAAUAUGGGAUUCUUGUAGAAAUAAAGGCUUGUGGUUUAUCGGUUCCUCUUGGUGAUGGAGCAAGCCUGACCACACUUAUCCGCAAAAUGGGAUGUAAUCGGCUGCCAGCGGGUCAAGACAUCGCUGGAGUUGUUCGAGCCAUUGGAAGUGAUGUCUCUUCACUUCGUGUUGGCGAUCAAGUGACAGGUGUGAUUCCUAUUGAUAGUGAACAGUCAGGCUGUGCUGAGAGAGUUGUCCUUCAGGAAUUCGACGUUGUGAUGAAACCAAACUCGGUGAGUUUUGUUGAUGCUGCGGGCUGUGUGGGGGAAUGUGUGCGCUCCUACCUGGCUCUGUACUACCUAGGCAGACUCGUUAGUGGCGACACAGUGUUAGUGUUGAACGGAGCAACUGCUCUCGGCAGUGCUUGCGUACAGUUGGCCCACCACUGGGGCGCACGAGUCAUAGCGACAUGCUCUUCCUCAGAUGAAAAACUGUACCUGCAGACACUUUCUGAUAAACUAGUUCAUGUAGUGGAUAUGGAGAACAAAUCAACUUUGAGAGCAGCUUGUUUGAAAGAAACGGCAGAUUUAGGAGUGGAUCUGAUCAUUGAUCUACGUUCCCCAUACUCUUCACAAAGUAACAAGAAUUACGGGGAGCUGGAUUCUAACCUGAGUAAGGACGACGAAGCUAUGAUGCCCAGCAACCAUGAACUGGUGUCCUGUCUGGCAGUAGGAGCCCGAUGGGUCACCGUCAACUGUAAUCUACAGUUGGACCCACCGAUCUCACGGCAGAUGUCACUGCGCUGCGCGAACUUGGGGUUCUUGUUCGACCAGGCGUGGUUCCUCUCUAGCACCCACCAGGGCAAGUACCAACACAUCCUCAUGGACAUCGUGGAGAAACUCUCGACUUACACCAUCAGGCCUAAUAUACAUCACACAGUUACAGUAGACGGGAUCUUGGAGGCGUGGCAAGACCUACACGAAGUUGUUGUAGUCUCGGAGACAACGGAGAGCUGGGUGGUGGCUGAAGCUUCGACCGAUGUCUCCUACGCUUCCAUCAACUAUGGUCUCUACAAAGGGACAUUACUUCUGUCAGAUGGCACUGUGGCAGAAGACAAGACCAUUUUAACCAUGACAUGUCUUCUGUACUUGAACAUUUGUGCAUUAAGCUGCCAAGAUAGGGAUUCGCUCAGAAGAGAUGAAGUCUUGACCCUGUACAACGCUGGACGAGUUAACUACACUUGUAACUACAUUCAUCAACAAUUUGUACAUCAAGUGUCAUCGAAGGUAUUGAAGACAAAGACACUGGAAGAAGUGAGGGGGUCGUUUAUAGACGGAGUUGUAUGGCUCGCCACUAUCAUCUGUGUUGUCCUGAGUGGGCUGAUAAGUCUUGUUACUCUCGCUCUUACAGCCUACAACAUCAACCAUGUACCUUCCAACAGUUGGGUCUCCAUUCAUGGCCUCUACUUUUGGUUUGGAGCUUCUAGUUUACUAACACUACUGGCCCUUAUAAUAUGGGGUAUUGAGUUUGCUAUCAAGCUAAACAAAAACAUUGGUACUGUCGGUACCAUAGCAGGUGUGUUAAAUUCUAAUGGCAAAGCUCACCUUGGAUUCUCAUAUUGGUGCCAAACAGCAGUGGUGGCUCUGCAAGCUAUAUGUGUGUCUCUGCUGUACUAUCGCCAGAAGUUGUUUGACAUUAGGCCCCAGUUUGUUUGCCCAGUGGAGAUUCCACCAAACACUGUUGCUGUAUCAUAUGUUGUCUCUUAAUUAAAUUUCUCUUAUAAGUUUUGUCAUAAUUUUUCUUUUCUUCAUGUCAUAUAAGUAUUGUUAAUUUUUUUAAGGGCAUGAAUUACUGGUCCAUUAUAGUAAACAAUAUAGUUAAGAAAAUAAUAAUUUAAUAUAAUAUUUAAUGCCGCUUAAUUCUCAAACUAAGCUGUAGAAAAAUUAAUAAAUUAGUGAAUUUUGCCGGUUUGUUAUUUUACAUCAAAUUUGGUUGUACUGUAGCUAAUAAAAAUGUAAAAUGUGCUAAUGUAUAAUAUAUUUUUUCCAAAAGUAACUAAAUAUGCAUGGAUUUCAUAGAAAAGAAGUGGAAUUUCAUUGUAAAACUUUGAUAACCAAUUUUACACCCUGUGAACUUUAGCAGGUCCUCUCAAAGGAUUAAACUGACACUAAUCCUUACCGUCUUUAUUUUGUUUUAAAUGUUUGACCCGACUCAGUACCAGACUUACCACUAGAACAUGUUCAUUUUUUACCACACCAUCAUAAUAUUGUUAUUUUGAAUAUAAGCUGUCAAUAAAUUGUUUAUUAUCUUGGUUACUCAGUUAGUCAUACAGUUGUAUUUUGUUGCAGUGUUAUGGUUGUUUUGUGACUUUUUAGUAUAAUGUAGUUUAGUUAGUAAACAAUAAUAAUGGAUGAUUUGCUUGGAGACAACGAAGUUGGGGAAUGUUUAUUAGCUCUAUUAGUAUAAAUAAAGUGCUGAGUUUUGUAAAACCAUUAAAAGAUAGAAUAAUGCUGAAA